AUGCGCAUGCGAUAUGGCAAGAUCCUGGCCGUUGCAAUCGCAUCUCGGCUGCGCCAUCUGCUCUUCGAGAGAUGCAAAGCUUUGAUAGCCCCGCAGCAGGUUGCAGCCGUCUCCAGUGAGGCUUCUCGCGGCCUCUACAGUCGGCCCCGGCAAUCCCCUUUCCUUUACGAGCAGGAGCAUGGGGAGCACGGCGGCGGGAUCGAGGACUUCCUGGCCAGAAUCCUGGAACCGCAGAGGACGUCGCGCGGCCCUGGCCUUUGUGAUCCUGUGGAAGUGACUGACAAGCCCUGGUCUCAGAUGCGCCUUGCGAGGCUGCAGGUGUCACUUCUCCAGUCCUCUCUGACAGUGGUCCAAGUCUCGGAUCUCUUCCUCCGAAAUUGUGGUGUUGCCUUCAUCCGCCUCGCCCCAGGCGCGGACGGAGCGAACGCAGGAACAGGAGCAAGCACUCUUCGCCACCCCUGCACCUCGGCCUUGCUGACACGGCCACCGAUCACCGAGUCGGGAACUGCUCUGAAGGUUUCGCGGCUACAGCCGAGCUGGCUUUGGGAGGUGGAGGGCCUUUCCAACUAUGGCCGCGCCUCCCUCGGCUCGCUGAGCAGAGCUUUUCGCAGAGCGCAGCAGAGAGCGGCCCGCGGAGGAGCCGCGAAGGCCACCAUGAGCAGGCAUCUCAGCCUUGUCUUGCAGCUGACGCUGCCCACAGACAGGACGGCCGUCAGCGGCCUACCAGCGCUGGUGGUAUUCAUGGUCGCAGCACUGGUGAUGGUCCUGUUUGUUUCGCAGAUGAUCGGCCUCUCGCUUGCAGAGAUCCUUGCAGUUUUCCCUGAGGAUUUUCGAUACUUCCCCGGCUCUGAAGGCGGGUCGCAGAUGAAGGGCAGUGCAAAACUCCGGAUCUUGGGUGACCGAAGGUCCAAAGCCACGCUGGCCCGCGGACUUCGCAGGCGAGGGAAUGAGAGAAGGAGCGAAGCUCACACCUGUGCGAUCGCCUUGGCCGCAGGCGACGGUCAGGAGCGGUCGACGAUCGGGGGGUGGAGUUUGCCACCGAUGACCUUGCCGAACACGCCCGUGGCCAACAUGGAGGGGGCGUCUAGUGCCGUGUCCACCUUGCCGUUGCUGGACCGCUGGUCUGAACCGGUGCGAUCCGGCAGCCUCACCGGGACGCUGCCCGAGGCGCGUGCCGUGGUGGGCACCGGGACAACCGGGACAUUUGCCGUGACUGCCAAGGCCUCGGAUCGGGCCGCGUUGAUCCCACGGCUCAUUCAGCCGUCCGCAGAGGCGGCCCAAUUCCAUGUGCCCGCAGAAGGCCUUAGCUCGCUGCGGCGAGGCGAGAGCCCGGUGGGGAUCUUCGGCCCGGGCGGCCACACGCUGCUCUUCGCGCGCUUCAGCCAGGACAGCAAGGAGCGGCAGUGGUUGGAGCUGUCGACCACGGCGAACACGCAGUUUCCACACUGCCGCGUGGGACCUCUUCGUCAAGACGCAGCCGGAGUAGACGUCCGAGGGCCAGCGGGCGAGCGCUACGCGCUCCUGCAGCGCUUCGGGUCACAGUGGCAGCUCCGGCGGGGCGAAGGCCAGGUGCUCCUGAGCAUUGGCUCCAACGUGGGAGGGCCCGGCCUCACAGCAGCGACCGACGGCCAGCUGACGGCCACGGCGUGGCCGGAGCACUCUGCGGGCGGACUGGUCGUGAAGGUGAGCCCCGGGAGGGAUCCCUUGCUGGCGCUGCUCUGCCUCCUGGCCCGACGCCCUACGGUACGGAGACAUACAGAGACGGCAGCAUCUUCCAGGAGAGGGCUGCAGCUGGGCCUUGCGGGGCUGAGGCGGUGCUGCUUCUGUCGCCGGAGCUUUCGGGCCUGGGCCACUGAGAGCAGCGUCGGAGCGCCAAAAAACUCCUCGGCUUCUUCAGCAACUGGGCCUCGGGCCUGUUCCGGCAGUUCUUUACCAACAGUCAGACAGGUGUGA